AUCACCACAAAAUCCACGAACCCCACCUCCCAGAGGCGGACGCGUGUCCACACCUCCCUCGAGAACUUUCCUUCGAAACGAGGCAAAUUAGAAACUGCUUCUCUAACGGUCUAAUCCACGACCCGCUUCGGUGCCACGUGUCCCGUUCGAUGAUAAAUCUUUCGUCCCUCCUCGGGUGGUUUUAGCAAAUACCCCUUUACUCUCUCGAAUCGUGGCGGUUAACUUUGGGAGCAUAUUCUUUAGAGAGAGAAAGAAGAGAGAGAGAGAGAAAUAAAGAGGUAGCUGGAAAAAAUCUACGGGCAGCCUGCUAAAUUUGGUUGUACCUUUUGCUCGUUUUUUGUUGUAGAUUUUUUUUGUUCCUCUUCUGGUUUGGUUCUGUAGGUGAAGAAAAAUGGCUGAGACUCAGCACGCGCCCAUGGACGACGUCGUUUCGGUGGAGCUCCCUGCACCUGCUUCAUGGAAAAAACUGUACUUGCCGAAAAAAGGAGGUACCCCCAGGAAAAACGAGAUCUUAUUUAUUGCCCCCACUGGGGAGGAGAUUAGCAACCGCAGACAGCUGGAACAGUACCUAAAAUCCCAUGCUGGAAAUCCGCCCCUGUCGGAAUUCGACUGGGGCACGGGUGAAACUCCAAGAAGAUCGGCUAGGAUCAUCCAGAAAGUCAAGUCAACACCUCCGUCUAAGGAGAGUGGGCCCCCUACAAAACGUAGAAGAUCUUCAUCUGUGAGGAAAGACAAAGAGAGGGAAGCAGAAGCAGCGAAAGAACAAACCGACACUGAAAUGAAAGAUGCAGGAACUGAUGAGAAGGAAGGGGAAGACAAAAUGCAGGAAGAUGUUCCUAAUAAGGGAAGUGAACCCGAGGCUAAGAUCGAAAAGAGUGAUGAUGUGGCAGCGGCUAAGGGAAGUGAAGCAGAGCCCAAAACUGAAGAGAAUGGCCCACACGCUGAUGAUGUGGCGGCGGCUGCUAAGGGAAGUGAAGCAGAGCCCAAAACCGAAGAGAAUAAUGUCCCACACACUGAUGACGUGGCGGCUAAGGAAAAUGAAGCUGAGCCCAAAACCGAAGAGAAUAAUGGCCCACACACUGAUGACGUAGCGGCUAAGGAAAAUGAAGCUGAGCCGAAAAUCAAAGAGAAUGAUGGUCCUCACGCUGAUGACGUGGUGGCCAAGGAAAAUGAAUCUGAGCCGAAAAUCGAAGAGAACGAUGGUCCACACACUGAUGACGUGGCGGCCAAGGAAAGUGAAGCUGAGCCGAAAAUCGAAGAGAAUGAUGGCCCCCACACUGAAGAUGUGGCGGCCAAGGAAAGUGAAGCUGAGCCCAAAAUAGAAGAGAAUGAUGCUCACAGUGGCACUUCAACUGCUGCUGAUAAAAAGGUAGAGGAGAAACCAGAGGUUGACGUGGCGAAACCAGAGGAAGAUGCUGACUUGGCGAAACCUGACUCGUCAGGUGAUGAAACGACAGAUGGAGUACAGGCGAAUGGCGGUGAAGCUAAUCCGCAAGAAAAGAAUACGAAAGGGGAUGAUGCAGCAGUGGACAACAACGGUAAGGUGAAUCAAGUGCCACAUCAUCCUUCCCCGACUCCCGUUAGUUGUUGAAUCUUGUAAUGUUUCCUAGUCGAGUUAAUCUAGUGCGCUAUAUUGGAACUACUUCGGGCCUUGUACUUUAUUUAAUUUUUUUUUCCUUUUCACCCUUGACAAUAUUUGUGAACUUUCGAAGACUUGUGUAAUGUUGGUAAUUAGGGUAUGUGGUUAGAUUUGUUUCUAGUUAGGGAUUUUAAUCUGACAUUUGUAGCUUUUGUCUUGUGACAGUUUGAACCAUCUGUUGAUAUGCUGUAAUGUUAUUCUAUUAUGUUUUUGUAAUUUUUCUGUGU